AUGAACACUCAACAAAAUCGCCAACAAGGUUCUCUACCUGAAAAAUCUGAGCAAAACCCAAAGGAAACCAUGAAAGCUAUCACUCUCAGGAGUGGUAAGGAGUUACCUCAGAGAACUCUCACCAAGGAUGCUGAGAAACAAAGUGAGGGGGUUGCCAUCAACAUAGAUGAUGAAGUGGUGACUGUUGAUGAGAAGAUCAAUGACGAGAUCUUGGAGAAGAUAGUGGAAGCCAAAGGAAAAGGAAAGGUUGGAGAAGAGAAGAAAACAGUUAAGGAUGGUGAAGUUGUCACUCCUGCCAGUGAAAGUUCUUUUGUUCCUCCUGCCUAUGAACCCAAGCUCCCAUUCCCAGGUCGAUUCAAGAGGCAGCUGCUAGAGAAGUACCAAGCUCUAUUUGAAAAGCAAAUGAGUGUAGUCCAGGUCACAAUGCCCAUUAUUGAUGCUUUCAUGCUCAUUCCUCAAUACAUCAAGUUCCUGAAAGAUGCUGUAGCUGCAAAGAAGAAAGAGAUGGAGGGCAUGGUGAUUCUUACUCAUGAGUGCAGUGCUAUCAUUCAGAGGCUUGUCAUUCCAAAGAAGCUAGAAGAUCCAGGAUGCUUCACAUUACCUUGUGCUCUUUGA